GCCUUCUCUGUGCUCUAUUCAUCUCAGUUCAAAGUGGCUAGUAUAGAAGAACCAUAAGCACUGAGGGAAAAAGUGAUUAGUACUUUAGCCAACAAAUUAAAAAUGGCUGUCACCAAGGUCUACAUUGUGUAUUACUCCUUAUAUGGACAUGUAGACACCAUGGCUAGAGAAGUACACAGAGGGGCUGCUACAGUUGAAGGUGUUGAAGCAACACUUUGGAGGGUACCUGAGAUGCUUUCGGAACUAAUAUUGGAUAAGUUGAAGGCCCCUCCUAAACCAAAUGAUGUACCAGACAUAAUGCCAGAACAACUUGUGGAGGCUGAUGGUUUGAUAUUUGGUUUUCCUUCUCGUUUUGGGAUGAUGCCGAGCCAGCUCAAGGCCUUCUUUGAUGCAACUAGUGAGCUAUGGGCAUCCCAAGCACUUGCCGGCAAACCUGCUGGAAUCUUCUGGAGUACUGGUUUUUAUGGUGGAGGCCAAGAACUAUCAGCAUUGACAGCUAUAACUCAAUUAGCUCAUCAUGGUAUGCUUUUUGUUCCUCUUGGAUACACCUUUGGAAGUGGCAUGUUUGAGAUAGAUGAGGUAAAAGGAGGAUCUGCAUAUGGUGCUGGAACUUUUGCAGGAGAUGGAUCUCGUCAACCUACAGAACUAGAACUGCAGCAGGCAUUUUACCAGGGUAAAUAUCUUGCCGAAGUAACAAAAAAGCUGAAAAGCUAACUUCUCUGCCUAACAAAUACAUGACAGGAUACUAUGAACUGUGAUGUGCUACAUUAUCUAUAACAUUUGAUUGAAGACUCGAUGAUUAUUUUUACCGGUAAGACAAGAUAGAAAGACCUCAUGUGGCUUUUCUUUUUCUGGGUUCUGUUGUUGCAACAAUGUAUAUCUUCUGUUAUCUCUUUCAGAAAACUCUCAAAUUAUUCCAAUGAAAUGAUAAACAAGAUAUUCAGUAUUUCCAAAGGCGGAA